UCUCCUACAAAUACCCCUGUUAUCACACACAACCCUUGUACAUCAGAAAACAGCAUCUUCAGAACAACGCACAGGCAAGAAGAAAGGAAGGACCUCAAGAACCACCGCACCUAAUUUUUCAAUUUUCACAUCACGUUCAGAGGGCACAGAAUUAAAAGCUUCUCUUUUCAAGAAUGGGAUCUGUUGGAGUUCAGAUUGUAUGUGUGGCCCUCGGGGUGCUCGGCCUGAUCGGGGUCAUCGUAUGCUGCGUUGUCCCUGCUUGGAAAGUCAGCUCUUUCACAGGAGCCAACAUCGUGACUGCACAGAGCAAUCAGGAUGGCCUGUGGACAAGCUGUGUGAUGCAGAGUACUGGCCAGCAGCAGUGCAAGAACUACGACUCCCUGCUGGAGUUGACCCCUGACCUGCAGGCAGCCCGUGCCAUGACCAUCAUCAGCAUCUUGUUCAGCUGUCUCAGUCUCCUCAUCCUGUUCUGCGGAGCCGACUUCACCACGUGCGUGGAGAACGAAGAUUUCAAGCCCAAGAUCAGCCUGGUGGCCGGGGUGGGUCUACUGCUGGCCGGCCUCCUGGUGAUCAUCCCUGUCAGCUGGUCCGCACACAUUACUGUGCGAAACUUCAACGAUCCCUUUGUGCCUGCUGCCAAUAAGAAGGAGCUAGGAGCAUGUAUCUUUGUGGGCUGGGGGGCCGGCGCGCUGCUCAUUCUGGCUGGAGCUCUGCUGUGCUGCUUCAGUAGGCCCAGGUCUGGCAGCUCAGGGGGAACCGCCAAGUACUACAGCAACAGCGCCUCUGCCCCCCCCAGCAAAAACUACGUGUAGUGCCUUUAUGAAAGGAACUGGAGUUUGAGAGAAAGGAUGGGAGGGCGAUUUAGCUGGUGAAAGACUAGAAAGGAACAAAGUGGGUGACACCAGGGGUUGUUUUGGAGAAGAAAAAAAAAGUCUGUAAAUAUUGAAAUCUUGUAUUAACUCUAGCUUUUUCUUACAUAGUCAAAGUUAUGCUGGUGUUAAGUUUUCAAGCUGUUUUACUAUCAGGUGCUGGGUCAUACAUAAGCUAUGUGAAUGCAAAUGGUAUACAGGCAGUAAAGUAUCAAACUUCUCACAAUUAAGCAGGUUUUAUUUGGGUUGAUGCUUUGACACAUCAGAUAUCAGCUAUGCUAUCUGAGCUACAAAACUGCUGCAUUAACCUUCUUUUUCUUUUCUGACUUCAAAAUUGUCUUUAAAGAGUUAGGUAAAAUUCAGGAUUGUGAAAAUGUUAAAAAUGUAUUUGUGAGAAGAAAAUUUUUCUCAUGGUCUAAUAUUUGAGCUCAAGAUUUAAAGAUAACAGAGCAAAAUGACUUUUUCUUAUGCUGUAGUGGCUCAUAUUUUACACAUAGUAUGUCUUUACUUUUUUUAAUAUAUAUAUAUACUGUCAGGAAAAAGCUGUCAAAAUAGUUCUCAACCAAAGGCAUCUCAGGGAGCAUCUGUGCGCACGUCUCUGAUGACACAUUCCUUCCACAUGACAAUUCAUUGCACAUUAUAAAACAUUUGCUAUUACUCAUGUAAUGUUUUGUUUCUCAUUUUAUAUGAUGAUGAGUAGAAAGGAUUAAAAGUUGGUCUUAUUCAAA